AUGUCUUCUUCACAUCCUAUUGUCCUCACCAGCUCCCAUGAUGCUCCCAUCACUGCCUUUGACGCUGCCUCUGGUGACUUUAUUAGUAACUUCUCUGGCAGCAGAACUCCAUGCCAUGGCCUUGCCCUUGUUGGAAAUACAUUCAUUGCUGCCUCUCAUAUAUCUCCAGAGACAGCUUCUGGCUCUAUUCAUCUCUACAAUUGGUGGUCAUCAACAGCUAUGCACAAUUUUCUUGUUCCUGAACCUGUUGCAUCGUUAGCAGCUAGUCCUAAUGGCUUGUAUUUAUUUGCUGCUGGCCUUUCAGGUUGUAUAUAUGCUCUCUCAGUUCCUUCUGGGGAUAUCCUCAGAUCAUAUUCUGCACAUAACAAACCUGUAUCUUGCCUCAAAAUAAGUGAAGAUGGAUCUCUUCUCAUAUCAGGUGGUGAUGAUGGUACCAUUGCUUUUGUUCCAAUCUUUCAAAUUGUUGAGGCAUCGCCUGAUGAGAGUUCCAGCAGCUUGAUGAUGCAGAGAUUUGUUGCACAUGAUGAUUCAGUGACUGCAAUAGUCUCUUGUUUGGUACAGUGCAACUCAUCUAUAAUAUCAUGCUCUAUGGAUUGCACAGUUAAAUUUUGGAGACUGUUGGAUAGAGCAAACUUGAGAACAGUGACAUUCCCAUGUGAAGUUAUGAGGGUAGCAUUGGAUCAAAUGAAGACAGAAUUCUUUGCUGCAGGCUCUGAUGGAUUCAUCUAUAAGGGAUCAGUAAAUGUUGGAAGCAAAAAGCUGGUGAAUCAAGGCCGUGAAUUCGUCAGAUUGCCUCAAAAGCAUGAAGGAGGAAUUGUAUCUUUGGUGACAAUGAAUGAGCAGAAUAAUUUGGUAUCAGCCUCCGAAGAUGGAAUGGUUUAUAUUUGGGAAAUUGAAACAGGUCAGGUCAUUAUGGGACUUGGCAAUGAUAUGGGAUGCAUUAGUGAUAUGGUGGUGGCUAAUGGUAUGGAGCAAGGCUUUAAAGUUGGUAAAAGAGCUAACAAUUCUUGUGAUGGAUAUGGUGGAUUACACAGGGCGAAGCUCAGCAGGUCAUUGAAGGAUACGUUAGACUUGGAAGAUGUGUUAAGGGUGGCUACAAAGGACAGGAGAAGAGCCAUUGACAUGCUUGAGUCUGCAAUUUCAAUGUAUGAAAGGCUCUUGGAGCUCAUUCUCAAGGAAGCGAAGAGAGGUCCAGGCAGCAACAGUAAAAAAGAAAAGCAUGGCAUGUAAUUGUAAAACAAAUA